ACGCCCCGCCCUCCAUUAGCUUCCGGGAAGAAACCGGAAAAGGAAGUGUCAUCUCAGCUGUCACUGCCGCCACCAAAGCCGAAUCCUUUGUGGCAGCGCAGACUCGGGCGGCCGCCGACAGACGCCGCGAUGGCCGUCAACGUAAACGUGGAGUACUGUGGUGGCUGAGGGUACGAGCCCCGCUACCAGGAGCUGGCUGCCAACAUCUUAAAGCAGGCUCCUGGGGUGGAGGUUAUUGGCCAAGUGGGCCGGUCAGGUAGUUUUGAAGUGACCAUCAAUGGCGAGCUCAUCUUCUCCAAGCUGGAAUGCGGUGGCUUUCCCUUCGCCGAGGACAUCAUUGCAGAGGUGAAGAAGGUGCAGGGGGGCGAGAAGGUGGGGAAGGUGACGAAGAGCCAGGCCCCGUGCGUCAUCCUCUGACCACGAUAUUUGUCAGCCUUCAGCUGUACUUGAUUCAAACACUCUGCGUUCUGGCCAAUGAAGGUUUAAACUGGAAAUCAAGUCACUAGUUUAAGCUGGAAGUCUUCCAGACGUGGUGUUUUUGGAACUUGUCAGCAGCUAUUGAGACAAAAUCGUGCUUUAAUAAAUAAUGCAUGAUGAAAAUUAAGGAGCUAUUUAAUAUUUAAAGCUGAACCAGGGAAUAUAAGGACUUUCUUAAAUCGGUGCCAGAAUUUAUUUGCUGUUUGUUUACGGCUGCAUUCACAACACUGAGUGUGCCUCACUUUUUGGUGAAAAUGAAUUGGUAAUAAACCACUGCUCGUGA